CUACCAUACUUUUUGAGAUGGAGGGAUUAUGGAAAAGUUUUCGCGGAUUAUAAAACUACAUACCUUCAUGCUUUAUUGGAUAGGAAGGGAUGUUAUAUCACUGAAAUGCUUUACAUCUCAGGAUUUAAUGAAAGUAUUAAAGAUAUAGAGGAUAUUAAUACUUUAAAUUUUUGGUCACAGAGUGGACCCUUCAGAUAUGCCUGGAGAUGA